AUGAAGAAGCAAUCUCCACCUAGAACCAGAAGUACUUCGACGCUGGCUUCGUCAGGUAAGCCGAUGCUAGCAGAACGAACUCACACAGGACCUAAUAUGUCUCUACCACAUAAAGUAUAUUCCAAGAAACCCCUAUCCAAAAUGGAGAACAUGAACCUCAACGAUACCAAGAUGAUUUCUAGUUUCAACAGUGAUGGCAUUGAAAAAAAUGUUAGCCAAAUGAUAUGUGCUUUCUGCAAUGAACUUCUCUCGAGGUGUCUUCCUGGUGAAAUUGCAGUCAGCCUUACAUGUGGGGAUAUGUGCCACAAGACAUGUUUUGGAGUGAUGGUUGAUCGGAAGCACAUGGAUAGGAAACUUCAAUGCGGAUUAUGUAGAAAGCAGACUUGGUGUACCAAUAACAAUCUCGUGGAAAUGUUGGUUUCCUCGGUUGAUAACGAAGAUUUCGUGCUCAAUACGAAUCCAGACGAAUCUUCUCAAGAUGGCAGCUCGAGAAACCAGUUUUCAACUCCCAGAACACACGAAGAAUUCCCUGCUUUCACAAAUCUUAACAACGAACAAAGUAGACUCGAAAUCUAUAAACCACAGAUAGAGCUUUCUUGUGACCCAAGACCAUUGGAACUUGGCCUGGACAAAAUACAAGAUUUCAAAUGCGUGCUCACAGUUAAAGCUCCUCAGAUCUUCCUGAAAAGUGAUAUAACCUCUGAAGAUGUAAAAUAUAAAAACGACGUCGAGGCUGAAAUCUACAAAUAUUUCCACAGUCAGAUAAAGAAUUGGCAAGAAACAGGGUUGGCCCCUAAUCCGGACCAAUUGGGUAAUUUGGUAAUGUUUGAUAACUUGUAUAUCAGCACGAACGAAGUAGAAUGGGAUAUUGUCAAGGUAUUCUUGUUUUCCAAGAUUAUUUUGUUUUCUAGAAAAGAUGAAAUGAUAGGUAAGAUCAUGAUAAGAGAGGAUAUCAGCAGCAUAAAUAAGUUCUCUGGAGGAAUUAUUCUUAAUUUGAGAAAUGGAGCCAUCCCUGAGUUCUAUUUUAGACACACCAACCCAUUAAUCAUUGCAAAAUGGGAGUCAAUAAUAAUACAAUAUUUCAAGUGGAACAAAUUAGAUCCUUUAAACAGAUUUCAAAUCACUACCAAUGCUUUCGAGAUUAUUCCAAAUGUAGACUUUCCAGAAGACGUACGAAAUCUUGCAACUAUGAUAGACGAAGAUAGGGAUAUCCCUUCGGAGUAUUUCGCAAAAUCUAUUGCGUUACCUGAGCCAUACCCCUUGAAUUUGAUAAUCUGUGUUCCAUUGGCGAACUUAUCGGGGCUACCAAAUUCAGAAUAUAAAAGAUUAAUCAUCGAUUUUCUCCAUCAAAUAAGGCAGAGCCUUAGAGUCUUUGAUAGAAUGGGGUUGGUGUUUACUGGCAGAGAUGGUAAUGGGAAGAUAGCAAACAAAGGGACAUUUGUAAGUUGUACUAACAAGUCCUGGACAGGGUGGGAUAGAGUUCUUAAUGAUGUUUUUGUUUAUUCUGAAGGGGUGCCUUUCAGCAAUGAAACAGAGGAAUUAAAAGUCACGAUAGAUAAGAUUGUAGAUUUGAAGCCAUUUGUUCUGAACACCUCCAAUUUUGUUAAUAAGGUUUUAAUUUUGAACGGCAACAACUACAGACGGGAACAAUCAGUAAGCAAUCAGGGUGUCAAUAAAAUCAUUCUUCAAAAGAAGCUCAACUCAUUGUUAGAAAGAUUUUCAAUAACAAUAUUAAGAGUUGGAGGGUACACGGAAAGUUUCACUACUUUCAAUGAACUCAUAAUGAACCCAAACGAUGACAUAGAGGCAGAGGAACUAGUCUUGUCAUUUGGAUCUAGCUUCUUUCGAUUUGAUUCAUUUUCAGACUUGAACGAAAGAAUUUCCUACAUCAUGAACUGGAAGAUUCAACAGACGUGUAUUCCAUCGAUAAGAGUGGACAUAUCAAAAUUUGAGCUCAAUCAAAACUUGUUGAAAUUCAACGAGAUCGAGAUAAAUGGACUUAUGAAAAAAUUGAACAAGGUUGAAGAUAUUGUCUUGUUCGUCAAAGACAUCACUCCAGGCACUGAAAGAAACAUAAUAAUAGGGCUCCAGACGCUAACACCUUGCAACAACCGGCCACAACUACCAGUGCAGGAAGAGGAAAUGGCAAUAUUACAAUAUACUUCGUCGUGGAUAACCACUAGGGAGAAAAUGAAAAUUUGCUACAAGAGGCUAGAUGAUCGAAAUCAAGGCACUCACCAUGAGAAUAUGGCCAGCAAAAAGAUAGCUGAAGAGAAAGAGACUCCACCAGCCGAAUCAACUUCACCACCUAUGCCAAGCUCGCCGCUCACUUCCGAGAGUCUUGCAAGACGCCAAAUGGAACUUUCGAUUAUGGAGGCUUUACUGGAUCAGAAGAUAAGUCUACGAGACUAUCGAGACAAGAUAAACAGAGCCAUACAUAUUGUACAAGGAUAUACAGAAGGGAGUGGCGGUUCACCAGGGAGCAGCAGCCCAGCAGAUAGCAGCAGCAGUUCACAAGGCUCCCGAAGGGGAUUCUGUUGCAAAGGUAACCUCGAUCUCGAUCUCGAGAAAGUCAAGCUUCGUCGGUUCCGAGAUAACUCCCAAUAUUCAGAGUAUAUCGCAAGACACUUGGAGAAGAUUCGAGACCUUGAUGCAUCUAAUGCAGCCCUAAAGUGUCAGGAUCUCCAUUUGUCUCUAGAAUGA